CCGAGCACCUGGGCCGCCGCCACCCGCCGACCAUGAUCCCGGUGCGCCUGGCGUCUCGGCUGCUCAGGGUUGUGCCCCGGGCAGGCCUCAGUCGGCCCCGGCCUGUCUCGGGGGUGCUGGGCAGCCGUGUCUGCGCGCCCCGGUACAGCACGCAGCCCGCAGGCCCGAGUGGCGUUACCAUCCUCCCUGGCAAGGGGUUCCAGGGGGAGCUCGAGGAGAUGCUGGUGCCCAGGAAGAUGUCCGUCAGCCCCCUGGAGAGCUGGCUAACCGCCCACUACCUCCUGCCCAGACUGGAUGCUGCGGCCCCGGGGACUGUGGCUCCAGCCCAGCUCUACGAGUGUCCGCCUAGCCCGGCGGGGGAAGGGGCCGAGCAGGAGGAGGAAAGGGUCCAGGAUGCGCCCCGGAUGCAGUGUAAAAACGUGCUGAAGAUCCGGCGGCGGAAGAUGAACCAUCAUAAGUACCGCAAGCUGGUCAAGAGGACCCGAUUCCUGCGGCGGAAGGUCCGGGAAGGACGCCUGAAGCGGAAGCAGAUCAAGUUCGAGAGAGACCUGAGGCGCAUCUGGCUGAAGGCGGGUCUGAAGGAGGCCCCUGCAGGCUGGCAGACCCCCAAGAUCUACCUGAAGAACAAAUGAGCUUAGAAUGCUGCUCCCAUGCUGCUGCUGUUCGUUGUAAUAAACAUGCACAGAGCUCAGUCCUU